GUGUAACGAUUUCAAGAGAGGGUUUAGUGAUUCCCUGGGGUUUCAAUCCCCCCUGGCUAGGACCAGGAGUCCUCUUGUCACUCAUGCUGCUGAAAUGAAUUCAGCAUUUUCAGGACUCACUCACGAUCAUAAAAUGGCUAAUUUAUUUGGAUCGCAGUGGCCUGGCCCCGACGGGAUGCUCUCACCACUGAAUGGAGUCAGUGGUUGUUCAAUGGGUUCUCCCAGGUCUCAGUUGAAUGGAUUUGAUGGGGGUUUGAUGGAUUCACCGAGGUCUCAAUUGAACGGAUUCAGUGGUGGUUCAAUGGAUUCUCUGAGGUCUCAAGUGAAUGGAUUCAGUGGUGGCUCCAUGAAUUCUCCCAGGCGCAGGAGGCAGCUGAUGAAUGAUUAUUAUUGUAGGGGAAGCUUGGCGCCGGAGCUUGUUGCUUCCUUGAGUAGGAGUCCGGCAACGGUUGAUGCUGCUUCACUUUACGAGCAUAAAUAUGGAAUCAAUUUACCUGAAGAAAGAGGGGUGAUGUCAAGAUUGCCUAACAAUAACAAUUUUAGGCCAUGUACAAGUGUUCAAGAGUUACUGCAGUUUGGCCUUUCUCUGCCUAAUGCAACAAGAGGUGUCCCGCGUUCAAAUACUAGAAUGCCCCAGGGGAAUCUAGACUCCAUUACUAGUGAGGGGAGCUUCAUCAUACAAGGGGAAGGUUUAAAUUAUGUUGUUAGCAGGGGUUUGGAUCAUUCACGGUGUCAGCGUGCUGGGUGUGAAAGUGGCUUUGCUAAGCAGCUACAUAGGUCGGAGCCUGACAUCCGACACCAGAUUGUAGGAUAUGAAAAUCCUAGGAGUCCGAGGAAUGGUUGCUCAUUCCCUUUGCUACCUAAGUAUAAUUCCCUAGUAGAAGCCCGGGGGUCGAUAUAUUUAAUAGCCAAAGAUCAGCAUGGCUGUAGGUUCCUGCAAAGAAUGUUUGAUGAGGGUACACUGGAAGAUGUACAAGUGAUAUUUAAUGAGAUCAUUGAUCAUGUUGUGGAACUUAUGAUAAAUCCUUUUGGAAAUUACCUUAUGCAGAAGUUGUUGGAUGUUUGUGACGAAGAACAGAGGAUGCAGAUCAUACUCGUGGUUACUCAGGAGCCAGGGCAGCUUGUCAGAAUCUCUUUAAACACUCAUGGCACUCGUGUGGUACAGAAGCUGAUUGAGACUCUCAAAACUAGGCAGCAAAUUUCGUUAGUUGUAUCAGCUCUUGAACCAGGAUUUUUGUCCCUCAUCAAAGAUCUUAAUGGAAAUCAUGUGGUUCAGCAUUGUUUACAAUGCCUAAGCAAUGAAGAUAACAAAUUCAUAUUUGUUGCUGCUGCAAAGUAUUGUGUUGACAUUGCAACUCAUCAACACGGAUGUUGUGUUCUGCAAAGAUGCAUUGGUCAUUCAAGUGGGGAGUAUAGAGAAAAACUGGUUGCAGAAAUAUCUAAUAAUGCACUUCUGCUGGCUCAAGAUCAGUAUGGAAAUUAUGUUGUUCAAUUUAUCUUGGACUUGAGGAUUCCUUCGGCCACUUCAACUUUAAGUUCGCAAUUUCAAGGUAAAUAUGUGCACAUGUCAAUGCAGAAGUUCAGCAGCCAUGUGGUUGAAAAAUGUCUUGCUGUAUUCAAUGAUGAGAAACGAUCAAGUGUCAUUCAUGAACUGCUCUAUGCUCCUCACUUUGAGCAGUUGCUUCAAGAUCCACAUGCAAAUUAUGUUGUUCAGUCAGCUCUUCGACAUUCUGAGGGCCAUGUGCAUAACUUGCUAGUUGAAGCAAUCGAGUCCCACAAAGCAAUUUCGCGGAAUAGCCCGUAUUCCAAGAAGAUUUUCUCGCAGAAGCUUUUGAAGAAAUGAUGUAUAUUCUUCCCUUAGCAAGAACUGUUGUUGUUCUACAUGAAAAAUCAUUUUGGAGUUUGCCACUGAAAAAAUGCAUUGCAUGGUUAUUUAACUGUAAGUUGGGAUACUAAUAACCAUACAAAGGAGACAAUCUAUUUAGAAUUGCUUAUCCAUCUGCUCAGCUAAUCUUUUUUUUUUUUUUUUUUUAUAAAAAAAAUAGAGAAAAAGAAAGAGCAGAAAAUUUUGCUCUGAUUUAAAUUUUAGACUUUGAAUGUACUAUUCUGUUGUCCUGUGUCUCAACUUCUUGGAUAUUAUGAUCCUGUUAAUUAAGGUAUUCUCACUGGCUGAGAAUGUACAGUGUAUAGUGUUAGAACGUUUGAUGUUUCUGUAAACUACUACGAGGGAAUCUCUCAGAAUAACUUCCUUUGUUCUGUGCGCAAGGGAAUGAAUGACGCUGGUUCUUUAAUUGUA